AAACAUUUUAAAAAUAAUUUAAGAAGUUAAAAAAAGUUUUGGCAGGCUAGGCUGUUACUUAAUUCUAUCAAACUGGAUUUUACUUUCCACAACACACUAGAUCAGUCCUGAAAUUUCUUUUUCGAAAGACAGUUAAUCCAUCCCUGUUCCGGAUCAAAAUUUUCAGAAUCCUGUGAUGAGAUGAAGGUAGUAAUUUGGUGGGAUGCAUGAAGAAACACCCCUCAUCAUGCAUUUUCAUCCCAAUUCGUUGGCUUGUUUGAGAACAUUCCGACGCAUCUGGAGCACCGGAGAGAAGGAUUUGUGACAGAUCAUUGCGUUCACGGCGGCUGGAUAAGAAUUGUUUUUUGGUGCAUGAAGAAAAGCCCAAAAGGGUGUUGGUUAAUGCGUUCACGAGGCUCUCAAUUCAAUUCGAGUUUGAAUUCUAAAAGGGAGAGUCUAAUUUUUGUUCACUGCAGAAGCGACACCUUCAAGUGUUCGUGAAAAUGCCAGAGAAAAACUCUUUUGUACACAGUCAAUUCUUCACCCCACGAAGGUCACCGAGGUUCCUCCCCAACUAGACCGCACCACUCUCAAACCCCAAAUCUGCUGCCGUUUUCGUAAAUAAAUCCAAUGACUGCACAGUCGGGUCGAGAGUAUCUCCGAGGCUUAACAAUGCGGACGUUGGGUUUUCAUCUCUUCGACAAUCUCCCAGGUUCAACAACGAGCCAAGCAAUAAGAAAGUGAAAGGCACAGAUGUGAAAGUUGGUGAAGCUGAAACGAAAGAAAAGUGUGUCGUUUUGAAUGAGGGGUUUGGAGGAGGAAUUGCAAUGACUUUUGGAAUCCCAAAGGAGGAAUUGCUUGCAAUCAGAAAGCGAUAUGUACGUGAAUGGAUCCUGGACAACGAGAACAUAAGACUACUGGAUGCGCUAGAGGUCUAUGGAUUGUUGGUGAUGACACGAACCUUGGUGAAACGAAGGUCCAUUCCGGAACUUGCCAUUUCAGCAAAACUGAGACAACGAUAUAUGCAACAAAACGGCUCUGGAGAGCACGAAAACGCCGGUAGAAUCGCGGGCCGCAAGGAAGAGGACGAAGGCAGAGGAGCAAAUGUGAGAGGGAACGAAAUCUGUCACACAAAACUAAUGAAACAUGCCAAGGGGUGUCAUAGACGAAGGAAGGAGAGAAACAGGGAGAAUAGAGAUGGUGUUAACACGCAAGGAAAUCGUGUCAUUUCAGAUGAAGGGAUUGGUGGGGAAAAGGGAAGAGGGUUGAAGUUGAAACGACCAAAAAUGGUGUCGUUCCGGAUGAGUGCUUAUGGGGGAAGAAAGAAGGGUGGAAAUAGAGUGAUCGUUGGAGUUAAAACAGAAGAAAAUCGUGUUGUUUGUAACGAGGGUUUUGGUGAAGAAAAAAUGAAGGGGAGAAAUGGAGAAAAGAGAAAGCACAAUAGCGAUGAAAUAGGGAAAGGGAUAACGAAGGAACAAGAUUUGGGUCUUCAAAUAGCAUAUCUUACUGUAAAGCUUAGCUCCCAUUUCUGGAAGAACGUUUCUGAACUAGUAUGCACCCCUCUCUCUAUGUAUGCAGUAGAAAAAAUUGACUUUUAG